ACUGCAGUUAGGGACACGACCCAUUCAGGAAGCGUGAUUCGGGCAGAAAAACGUCGUGUCUUCAGUCGCUUUGUUUGUUCUACAGCUGCUUAUAUCAUGGCUCAGAAUUUCGUCCAAGCUCAAAUUAAAGGAGACAAAGUGGUCGUGUUUCUGAAACCGACGUGUCCUUACUGCAUGCUCGCUAAAGACGUGUUGUCCAAAUACAGCUUCAAACCCGGACAUUUAGAGUUUAUCGACAUCAGCGGUCGGGACAACAUGGACGACAUUCAGAAAUACUUACAGCAGAUUACAGGCGCUAGGACUGUGCCACGUGUGUUUAUAGGUGAGAAGUGUAUCGGAGGAGGCAGCGACGUGGAAGGACUUCACAAAGGUGGAAAACUGGAAGGCAUGCUGCAGAAAAUUGGAGCGCUGCAGUGAGAUGUUGGCCGUGCCGCCUGUGGGACCUCACAUGAUGCUGCAGCGGGACUUGCGCAGAUGCCGUCUGCGCUGUUGGUACUCGCUGAGCUCCUGCAGGUAGCCUCUUGAGGGCCAGCGUAGCCGCUCCACCUGCUCCCGCUCCUCCUCUGCCCAACAGCAACACUGUGAUCAUAAAGAAAACACAGCAACACCCCCUCACCCCCGACACAUACCCACGCAGUGCCUUUUCACCAUAUGCUUUAUACUCUUUCUAAAAUAUUAACCACUUAAACAAAUCGACACGGAUCACGACGUACAUAAACUGCAUCGAUAUAUAGCACUUGCUUGGCAUCAUGGAUCUCCUGUAAAUCCAAAUAAUUUUUGGCCUCGUCUCAAUCAGCUCCUUAGCUCACUUGAUAUUGAAGCAGUAUAUUAUGUCCACAAAUUCACACACUACACAUGGGGACACUGAUGAUAUUAAAAUUUCUUCAUCAGUCACCAGGUUUAAAAACCUUGAAUACGUUAACUUUGAAAGUUGAAUGUCAUUUACAUUUGUUAGCUUAAUCACAUGCAUUUCUGUCACGAUAUUUCAAAGCAGGCUAGUAGAGAUCAUAGGCUAGCAAGUGGAUUUUGAACACUUAAUUGUCAAUAAACUAAAACUAACUGUAUAUAAAUAGAGCUCCAACAAUGAUAACAAGCUACUUGGUGCAUUAUGUGAAUUUUUUUUUUUUUU